UCACGAUACUAUUGAGCUUGUGUAUACUGUAGGAACUGAUGGAAACAGUCAAACUAUCGAUGAAUUUGAUGAUUCUGAGGACUAUGAAGAAGUUGCAAAUAGUUGCAACAACAUGAAGACUCGAAAAAUACUCUGCGUGGGAAGACUCUGCACACCAGCUGAUAUGUUGGCCAAUUGCAUACCUCACUAUUCCAUAAUCAUGGACCGGAAACGAGCGGUAUAUAUCCGCAAUCAGAGUCCCUUGUUGGCGACUGAACAGAAGUUAGACCGCAUCAUUCCGGAGAUAUCAUUGUUUGAAUCGGGCCACGAACACGACUUCCAGGAGACGGCACCAGCUCGACUGGGACUCUGGAAGCGGGAAGUAAGGAGCAAUACACAUGAUCGAUCGAUCGAACUGACCGCAUUGGGAGUCAUCAUUCCAUCAAUACCCUGCAUCUUCUACUAUGUAUUCCGUACUCCGUACAAGAGAAACAUCCAGCACCACCUCGUCAGGUCAAGGCUGUGGCUAGCUGAGAUAAAUGACUACCUCCACGGAGUACCCCGUAUACCACUACCGACCAGGGUAGAUGGUCUGAUAUCCCAUCGAGAUAUUUCCUCCGCGCAGGUGAUAUCUGAUCAUCUGCAGAUCUCACAAUAAUGGUACCGAGCAUUCGGGUUGACAUGUCUCAUCUGCCUUUCUCGGUAGGUAUCGUCUACCCUUCUCGGUAAGUAUCGACAUUUCACCCCCAUCCAGACCACCCAGACGUGAACUCGGCCAUUAUAGUGGGCUACUGACAUACCACAUACCCUAUAGCGAGG